UCCUCGCAAUUCGCGGCCCGUGAACUUUUCACUGUUUGCAGCUUGCAUAUAUUGCACGGGUUCUUGCAUGCCACUUGCCACUUGCCACUUUUGCCAUCUCCCCAGGCCCCCGCUCCAACAUAUUUUUGAACGGAUAUCCCAGCGAGAGAUUAAAAGAUGGAAAGUGCCAUUAAAAAGUAUUUUGGAAAGAAAACCGUUUUUGUGACUGGCGGCACUGGAUUUUUGGGCAAAGUUGUCGUUGAGAAGCUUUUGCGAAGCACAGAGGUGAAGCGAAUUUAUUUGUUGAUCAGAGCGAAGCGUGGCGUGGAAAUUCGGGAACGAAUCAGCGAGUGGUCACAGGAUCCCGUAUUUGAACUGCUACUGAAUGCCGAGCCAGAAGCUCUGCAGCGAGUGUGCCCCAUCGCUGGAGACUGUCUGGAGCCGGACCUGGGCAUAGGCGACAUGGACCGCAGGCUCCUGGCAUCGGAGGUGCAGAUCGUCAUUCACGGAGCGGCCACAGUGCGGUUCAACGAGCCGUUGCAUGUGGCCCUGGCCAUCAACACUCGCGCCACGCGACUGCUGGUGCAGCUGGCCAAGCAAAUGGUCAAGCUGGAGGCUUUUGUUCACGUGUCCACGGCCUUCUCCAACUGCGUAAUCGAUCGCAUCGAGGAGAAGUUCUAUCCGGAGCACUUGAGCUGCAGCUCGGCGAAGGUGCUGGAAAUGAGUGAGCUGCUGAGUGAUCAGCUGGUAGACAACAUGACGCCUGCCCUGCUCGGAGCGCAUCCCAACACCUACACCUACACCAAGGCCCUGGCGGAGGACGUGAUUCUGAGAGAGGGGAGCGACUUGCCCCUGUGUGUCUUCCGACCGGCAGUUAUCAUUGCCAGCCAAAAGGAACCCGUCCCCGGAUGGAUCGACAAUCUCUACGGACCCGUUGCCAUCCUGUUCGGCGUUGCUCGCGGAGUGCUGCGCAUAGCCACCAUCGAUGUGAGGGCCCAGGCCAGCCUGGUGCCCGUCGACUACUGUGCCAACCUAGCGCUGGCCUGCGCCUGGAAAACCGCACAGACUGAGGGGCGAGCGACAGAUCCUCCGCCCAUUUAUCAGCUCGCGCCCACUGCGGGCAACUCCCUGACGCACGGGGAGUUCAUAAACUAUGCGCUGGAGGGCCGCACGCAGUGUCCCCUCACCAGAAUGAUCUGGUAUCCGUUCUUUCACUGCAUCACCACCCUGUGGCUGUUUCCCCUGGCAGCUUUCUUCUACCACACCCUGCCCGGCUAUGUCUUUGAUCUGGGGCUCCUGCUGAGCGGCCGGAAGCCGCGAUUGGUUAAAGUCUACCGCAAGAUACACAAAACCCUGGGCAUAUUGGGGCCAUUUUCGUGCAAAAGUUGGUUCUUCGACAUGCACAACACCCAACAGUUGCGACAGCUCAUGUCCGAGCAGGAUCGCAGCCUCUUCGACUUCGACAUGGCGAGCCUCAACUGGAGGGAAUACUUCGAGAAGGCCCUGCUGGGCAUUCGGCAAUACUUGGGCAAGGAUCCGCCCACGUCCGAGUCCAUAGCCCAGGGACUGAGGCUGAUCAACUGGCUUAAGCUGUGCCACCACCUCCUGCAGGCCAUCCUCGGCUGCAUUGCUGCGUACAUUCUAUGGUCGCUGAUCAGGCUGGCAGUCUGAUUGCCGUGCUUAAAGUUAGAGUUUUUGGUGUGUGUUUUGGAAUAAAGUAAAUGUGGGAAGACUCCUUGGCCCCCUUGCAUCCGUUGCACGCGUUUAUGCUACUGUUAUGUGUUGUGGCUGUACACAUGUAUAAUAAAUAUCUAUUUACGAACUGA